GCCUGCUGGCCCAGCAAGUAUUUAUUACUUGCGCGGCCCCCUUCCCCUGGUAUGGUGGGUAGGAUCGAUUCUCCUCCUCGGCGGCGGAAGGCGAACAGCGAGGAACCCUAACCCUAACCCUAACCGCGCUCCGAUCCGAUCCGAUCCGCAAGGCCUGCGACGAUGGCGGCUUCCCUCCGCGCGGCGGCCAAGAGGAUGCUGCGCCCGGCGGUGCAUCCAGGGGAGGGGCUUCGCACCCAGCACCAGCAGCAUUCCGGAACCCCCCGUGCCUUGGAUGAAGGAUACAACCAUGCAUCGCAAAUCCAGCAGAAGAAGGAGGAGUUGUACAAUCUCAUCGCCAAGGCUGUGGCGGAGCCCACUACCACCUGGCUGGACAGGCGACUGCUCAAGGCUCUCUCCUUGCAAAUCAAGCCUAGACCAAAGGACCCUCAGUGGCGCAAGAUAAUUUUGACCAAGGUGGCCACCCAUUGUACAUAUGCUGUGGGUAUUCUUGUUGCUUAUGUCAGAUGUCCUCGCACUGAAGACGGUGCUAAAAUAGUAAGGUACGAUGGACAUCUUGUUACUGUUGAGAGUCUGCCCAUGCUACAAGGAUAUCAGCCUGCUACUCCUGCUGAGGGAGUGCCCAAGCAAAUGAGUUGAAGAAGAAAUGCAGCUUGUUUUUGAUGGAGAAGCAAGACGGAUAUCAGUUCUAUAUAUUCCAGCACUAUAUUAUUAUGUAUGUCUAUGUCAUGUACUACUGGAUGAUCUCUGGUAUUUAUGAUGUUGCUGGCAUGGUAUGAAGAUGAGUCUAGUAGUAUUUCUGUUUGAGCAAAUUUCUGCUUUAGCAACUGGAUGAUCUGUGUGAUCGCUUUCUAAGAAAAGAUAUUUGUGAUGUA